AUGUGCAACUACGUUCUCUACGUUACUCAGUGCCGCCAAUGCGGUAACACCAUCUCUCAAUCACAGUCCGACUACGUGUACUGCCCUUCCUACAAAAACGGCAUAUCCUGCAUGGUCAUUGAGCGCGACCGCCGCACUACCCUGGUCUGCUGCUCUUCUUGCCAGCGCGCCUACUCCUUCGCUCCCUCUACUGACUUUUUGGGCGUCGACGAGUGCUAUUCGAUUGGCUCUAUGGAGGACCAUCACCCUUCCGAUGACUAG